CUGGAAUAUUGUCAGGAGAACUUGCAUGACCUUUAAAAGUAUUAAUUUCCGGGGAAAACAUCAAGAAAGCGAUGUCUGAUGAGGAACAUCGUCCACUACGGCGGAGUGAAUCCACAUUGACCACAUCGGAAAGAAUAGAUUUCCAACUUGAGCCAACAUCUGUGUUUUCAACCAAAUGGGGCCUUGUUCUGUCAUGUCUUGGAUGCGUUGUUGGAACUGGGAACAUCUGGAGAUUUCCUCGAAUAGUGGCAAACAACAGCGGAGAUAAAGGUGGACUUCAGUUUUUAUUGGUGUGGAUUUUAUUCCUUGGACUGUGGUCAUUACCAGUGAUUCUCAUUGAGUAUUCUGUUGGUCGCUUUACAAGAAAGGCUCCAGUGAAAUCAUUCCGACUACUGCUGGGACCCUGGUCAUUAUGGUGUGGUGGGUGGAUGGUAACCGUUGUUAUUUUUAUCGCGUCAUACUAUUCUGUUGUGGUUGGGUGGUGUUUCUAUUAUCUCUUUCACUCCAUUUUUUAUCAUCUGCCCAAAUCAACGGAAGAAAGCUCUUCAAUUUGGAAUGAACUACAGAGUCAUGAUUGGCUUCCCAUUGUCCUCCUGUUUUUAAGUCUGUUGCUGGCUGGUUUCUCAGUGACAAGAGCAGUGACUUCCAUUGAACGAGUGAACAACGUCAUGAUGCCGCUGUUGCUUCUUGUAUUAUUAGUGUCUUUUUAUUGGUCCCUGACCUUGAAAUAUGCAUCACAUGGAAUCACUUAUCUAUUUACACCUGACUGGGCUGAAUUGGAAAACCUUCGACUGUGGGUGGAUGCUGCUUCUCAAAACGCUUGGGACACUGGCGCUGGAUCAGGGUUGCUUUUGACGUACGCAACUUACAUGUCACGACGAAAUAGUGUUGUCAAGCUAGGAAUUCUUCUUCCAGUUUGUAAUAAUUUAAUCAGCUUGCUGAGCGCCAUAACCCUCUACUCAACGGUCUUUUCAACCAAGGUGGAAGAAGGUGUCAACCAAACAGAAAUCGCGCGGCUGUUAAGAGAGGAUGGCUAUGCCAACACUGGAUUGACAUUUCGUUGGAUGCCCGUUCUCUAUGAGCGGUUGGGAAUCCCCGGCCGAGUUCUGUCGUCGUUAUUUUUCCUUUGUUUGUCUCUGGGUGGUGUAAGCUCACUCGUAGCUAUGAUAGAGCUACCGGUGCAUACGCUGGAAGAAAUGCGAGUUCCUCGAAAGUUUGGCCUCCCUCUAGUGGUUGUUGUGUUGUUCUGUCUUGGUAUACCAUCAGCGCUGGAUUUGAACAUUCUAGUCAAUCAGGACUUUGUGUGGGCUUUUGGUCAAGUCCUUGCUGGGGUAGUUUUAAUAUCUUUACCAAUUCGUUAUGGAGCGUCAAAAUUCCGUGAUGAGUUAGUAAAUCAGUUUGGAUUAGAUGACUGGAAACUUCCACGAAUUUGGGAUUUCCUUGUUAACUUUAUCGAUCCUGUUAUAGCAGUCGCGUUAUUAGUAUCGUUCGUAAUUGACACCGUUCAAGAUGAAUCAAAUAAGUGGUAUACGUUUGUAAGAGAGUCUUUAAUGGCAUGUCUUGUCGAGUGGCUUGUUGUGUUGCUGGUGCUGCUAGUAAUGAACGCCUUGUGGAUGUGUCGUCGUCGAUCUCGAAGAAGAAUUCAUAGAAUUUCAAGUAUUCGUGACGCACAGCGUGAAGUUUACAGUAACGAAGAAAGAUAGUGAUUGUAAUAAUAACUAGAUUAUUUUUAUCAGAAAGUUACUUAUAGCAUGGCUUUAGAUAACGUAUUAGAUUUGGAUUUUUAAUUUAUUUGCGUAACUUAUAGAAAGAAAGGUCUGUGUUCGAGCCCAGUCCCAGUGGCCCAUCAGGCCGGCGCAUAUCUCCAGAGUCCGUAGCAUGAAGCGACUAGGAGUAUUUCUACUCCCCCCU